UUCAUUACAAUAUUUUCCAAAUCUUUGUAAUGCUAGAUAUAGUAGUUUUCCCCAAAUUUCUCUGUGUCGCUAUUGGGUUUGACACUAAUGGCUUCCCAGCCACGAAGAGAUGAUGCUCAACUAGCUGCAGACGAAGAACAAGUGUUGAAAUUGGAACUGGAAUUAGAGGAAACGGCUCAAAAAUUACUCGACUACCGAACCACUCUCCCGGGAAAACUUAGCUCCACCAUUUCUUCGCUUCUUCAAUCUCAAAGGCCUGUGCUUCCAGUUCCGGACGCGGAUGCUGGCGUCAACCAAGGUCUGAUGAGAGAGAGCACGGGCCUUCCUGUUGUGGCAGAUUCAGACGAAGCUGAGAAACUACAACUACUCAAACAGAAAAUCUCAAGCAAUGCCACUGCAAUGCCUGUUGUAGUAUUGAGUAGGCUGAAGGAAUAUAUGGCCAGGAUUGAUGCCUUGGACUCUUCCAACGGGAUUAUCCAUCCUGCUUUUGAAAUGAAAAGAACCAGUUGAUUCAGUUAUGUGCUUGAUUCCCUUUGGUUUUGAUCUUUGUUUGACAGAGUGUUACUAAGGUGGGUAUGUUGAUGACGAACUUGUUUGUAACUAGUUGGAAUUUUAUUGAUUUGAAGAUCACUUUUUGCUUGA